AUGGCCGACCACAACGAGCAAGCGUCCGACAUCUCGGCCGAGAAGAAGACGACCGACACUACAUCGCCUGCACCCGCCGCCGUCGCCCCCGCCGCUGCCACGAGCAGUGGGGCGGAGGCUACGCCGACCGAGGCUAAGAAGGAGGGCCGCUUCGACAAGACUUUCGAAGAGGAGCGUCAGGUCAAGCAUGCCAACGUUGACAUGUCCACCAUCGAGCUCAAGGCCGAGGACUUGUACGACAAGGACAAGGUCGACCUCGAGCAAGUCGAGCUCGAAGACGUCUGGACCCUCUUGCAGUCAGUUCCCAUUCCCGUCUCGGUUUCGUGUUCCGCUUCGGGUUGCGUGCUCGUUCUGUCUGCGACGCAUAGUUCUCUUCGGCCAUGCUUCCCGGAGCGAUUCCUCUUGGAGCUGUUAUUGCAUGCUGUCCUGGGGCUCGUGA